GGCGCUGCAACCUCAGACCGGCGUUCGUUACUCCUUCACCUAGUCCCUAUUUCGAAGACUCUCUUUCCUACCACAACAUCUUGUGGAGGCCCACCUCGGACGCCCGCGUUUCUUGCAUUUGCUUGCUUCAAUAAUGCCAGCUGAAAGGGCCCAAGUCGAGCCGGCUCCCUUAGCAAGCCAACCAGCGGAAUUCAGGAAAAAGGAUGGAUCCCUAUCCAAAAUGCGGUCUCACAAGGGAAAUGUCCCUAUCCUUCCCCAGACGAAGCUUUGUCCACAUUGUCCAGCCAAGUUCACCCGGACCACCCACCUGAAUCGACACCUCCGCACUCAUACUGGAGAACGACUGCAUCGCUGCAACUCGUGCAGCUCUCAAUUCACUCGCAGCGAUCUACUGGCGCGGCAUAAGAAGCGAUGUAACACCGAGCAGGAUCCUUCGAGAAGAAAAUCUUGUGUUGCCUGCACAGAGUCGAAAAUAAAAUGCGACCGUCAGCAACCAUGCUCCAAGUGCGUCUCUAGAGGAAAGGAGUGUGUCUUCCUGCCUGUAACGCCAGCCAAGCCGGCUCAGGCAUCGACUUCUCCUACAAAUUCACAUCCUCCCCCGACUCCUCCCGCCCUCCCAUCUCUCGCAGAUUUAUCGUCGUCGUUAGAUCGGACACUUGGGCCUAUAGAAGGCUCCUCCUCCGGCAACACUGUCUCGGACGCUCUUCAGCGAUUUGCAUCAACCCAGGGCCACGAUCUACAUGCUCCAGCUUCCGGCCUUUUGUCUACCCCGCAGACGGACGAGAUGGGCCGUAGCGGCUUCGCAUCAGUCUAUAGCAACGACUUUUUCGAGCCGUUCUUCACUGAUAUCUUCAUGCCGCGCGUUCCAUCUCCCAAUUCAUUCUCACGCCCCGAGGACAGCCCAAGGAGCUCGGAUACGGGAAACACGCCGGAUCAGUCCAUAUUUGCGACCGAUUACAUAGGCCCGACACCCUUCUUCAAGAGCAUCGGCUUCCUGUCUCAGGACGCCUCUGUCGGCACUCCUGUACAGCCGGCCGUAAGCAAUGUGCGGUCUUCUCCCGUUGGCGCUUCGAGCGCCAACAUCGAUACACUUUCACCUGAAUUACAGCACUAUCUUUAUUUCUUUUAUUCCGCUUUUUUGGUACAAAUGCCAAUCGUGCAUGCACCGACCUUCACCAUCGAUAAUAAGCCUGCUUUACUCGUUAAUGCCAUGCAAGCUUGUGGUGCCCUCUACGUUAAAACGAAAAAGGCCGGAGCAUUUAUUGAACAAACCCUGGCUACGGCAAGAGAUUCGUUGGUGCAAGCAUUUGCGACCAGUCCGAAGGAUUCUGCCGAGACGUCAGAGUUAAUUCUUGCCGUUUUACUUCUUCAGACAAUCGGACUGUUUCAUCAAAAGUCUGACCAGCGUUCCUCAUCCACAAUAUUCCAUGGUAUGCUUGUCCAGAUGAUACGUCGUGCUGAACUCCUCCAUCGAAACGCGGCAUGGGAGCCUGGGAACAUAGAUUCCUCGAACCUUGAUGCUGCUUGGCGCGAUUGGGCUAUGUUUGAAAUGACGAAACGGCUUUUAUCACAGUCGUAUCUCCUUGAUUGUUGCCAUGCAAUCUAUUUUGCUACUGCCCCAUCCUAUCGCAUCGGAGAAUACCUGAUUAACCUUCCAGGAGAAGAUGCGCUUUGGACGGCCAAGUCUGCUGAAGAAUGGUUUGCUGUUCUACAGACGGUUUCGCCGUAUGGUUCUGUUCAAAUGCGAUUAGCGGGUCCCAAUAUGCGGCGGUGUCUGGAUUCAAUGUUGCAGGCAGAUCCGCAGCUGCUGUCGCAGCCUACGGCUAUCACCCCUUUCGGUCAUUUUGUGCUAUGCCACGCCAUCCUUCGUAACCUUUUCGAUGUGUGUAUUGAGAGCCGGAUGCCCGUGCAAGGCAAUACAAGUGAUCAAGCCGCAGUCGCCAAAGAAAUAUACACAAUUCAGUACGCGUUGCACAAUUGGCUUCAGAGCUGGCUCGCUUCGCCGGACGUUCCUAAGACCGGUGAUCCUAAUAACGACCCUGCGUUCGUUGAUAACGCUCUACCAUUUUAUUGGUUCGGCCAAAUAUCUUUGUUCGCUUACCAAGAAGGCUUGCCACCCUUUGAGCCUUCCUGUCCCGAAAACAUGAAAGUGGAAGCCAGGUUCAGAUUGGUGAAGCAGUGGUUUAAACACAUUAGGAAGUUUCUUAGCCAGAACAACCAGGACGCAACGGUAUUUUGGGAUGAGCUUAUUAAAGUGCGGUUGCAGGCGUGGCAGAUUGAGCGAGAGACGUAUCCUGAGGAUUCAGAGGGACUGUUGGCGUUUUUCAACAACCAGUGAUAGUGGGGGCUGCAUCUUGUUGUACUAUUUUCUCUGCAGUCUAUUUAAGACGGACUGAAGUGGGUUAGCAUUGAAAUAUUAUUUCCACAUGACGGCCCACAUCGUAUCCCGAGAAGACUGCCCGUAUUUG